AUGUCUUUCAAAGUAUCCAAAAUAAAGCUCUCCUUAAAGGAGAAACUGGACUUCUUCCCGGCCGUGGCCUCCAUCGUGAUCGCCUACAUCUAUGCUCUCCUGACUGGCCUUCGGCGCACCGAACGCCAAGCCAAGUCUUUGUCCCUACACUUAGGUUAUGCGGUGUUCCGCAAGGCGACCUCGCGGUUGACCGCGAGUCAGAUGCAAUAUAUCCUACCGCCAUCUCAUCAGAUCUACGAACAACACUCCAAAAAGACCGGCAGGCUGCCCGAGUCGGUGGAAUUGGGCGAUGGAGCAUUGGGCCACUGGGUGGGCGAUCGAAAUGCCGACAAUGUCGUAGUCUGGUUUCACGGAGGUGGUUUCGGACUGCCCGCCAACAUGGGCUAUUUCAAAUUCUACGCGCAACUCCUAGGCGACCUCAGAGCCUCAGGCAAAAGCGUGGCAAUCUUCAGUCUGACCUACACGUUGGCGCCAAUCGCAGUCUACCCGACUCAACUCCGACAAGCCGUGAAUUGUCUGCGAUACAUCCUCUCGCAGCCAAACCGCGACCCGUCCACCAUUUUCCUGGGCGGAGACUCGGCAGGCGGCAACCUGGUUGGUGGAGUUCUCUCUCACCUGGCCCACCCACACGCAGAGAUCAACCCCUUGCCAUUGAACAGCAACCUUGGCGGUGCAGUGAUGAUCGCUCCGUGGACACUUCUCGAGAAAGAAUUCCCAGGUAUGGAGAUCUACCACGGCGGUGAUAUCAUUACCCAGGAAGUUGCAGGACCAUGGGCGACAGCCUAUAUUGGAGACGGCAAGCGGGACUAUUACACUGAUUUAUCGACCGCGCCGGCGGAUUGGUUUACGACAUUCCCGGUGAAUUCGGUGUUGAUUACUGCGGGCGGGAAUGAGAUUAUGUUGCCUCUGAUUCAAGACUUGGCGGCGAAGUUUAAGCAGGGCUUUGAGAAUGUGGAGUUGUUUGUCGGGAAUCGUGAGUGUCAUGUUGCGCCGAUAUAUCAUUUGGAGUUGGGGGAUGUUACGAAGACCGAGCAGGGGAAGAAGGUUGAGGCGGUUUUGGCCGAGUUGAUGGUUUGA